GUCGAUUGUACGUCAGGCUCCAGAUCCAUAAGUUGACUUUUAAUCUUUGACUACUUCUAUCACCAUCCAAUUCUGCACACAUCUUCGUCAAAAACAUUUCUGCCAAAACCCCAAUUUCCACUUCUCUCUGGUUGGUUGAAUCCGUGAACUAUCUAUCAACAAUUUUGCUGCAGAAGAAUCUGCGAUCUGAACUUGCAACAACGCCCAUUCUGACAUCCGAUUUCAGGUCCAUUGCAUGUCCUAUGGCUUCAUGAUAAUGAAAUGAGUAUAUAUCCUAAUAAUAUAUGAAUCUAUAUUAAGAAGUGGACUACAAGAAUGGGCAUGGCAACAAUUCCAACACGAUAUCUGAUUGUCAUUUUAACCUUCAUUUGCACCUCGGUAUGCUACAUCGAGCGUGUCGGAUUCUCAAUCGCAUACACAGUUGCCGCUGAUGCUGAAGGAGUAAGUCAAUCAAGCAAAGGCACGAUACUUUCAACGUUUUAUUAUGGUUACGCUUUAUCACAGGUUCCCGGUGGUUGGGUAGCUCAAAAAAUAGGCGGUAGACGCGUACUCCUUUUCUCGUUUAUAUUAUGGUCCCUAACUUGUGCUUUAGUACCACUCGACCCAAACAGAGUGUUUACCUUAAUAACCGCUCGGUUACUUGUGGGAGUAUCACAAGGCUUCAUUUUUCCAUCUAUCCACACCGUUUUAGCCCAGUGGGUCCCACCACAUGAACGGUCAAGAUCUGUUUCUUUAACCACGUCUGGUAUGUACUUAGGGGCAGCCAUGGGUAUGCUUUUACUUCCCAGUUUAGUGAAGUUUAAGGGCCCACAAUCCGUGUUUCUAGCCGAAGCGGCUUUAGGCGGCAUGUGGUCUCUGUUAUGGUUUAAAUUCGCUAGUGACCCGCCACGCUCACAGCAUCCGAAAGCCGCUGCAUCUGGUUUUGGUGAGUCGUUGCUGCCGGUCAAAGAUGGUCAAAGUCAAAGGACUAAGACCGACAAGAAUCAAAUGACUCAAAUCCCUUGGCGAAGAAUCUUUUUUAGCUUACCCGUAUGGGCUAUUGUUGCUAACAAUUUCACUUUUCAUUACGCGCUAUACGUGCUAAUGAAUUGGCUACCGACGUACUUCGAAUUAGGUCUCGGAUCCAGUCUUCAAGAAAUGGGUUCUUCUAAAAUGAUGCCGUAUUUGAACAUGUUUUUAUUUUCGAACAUCGGCGGAGUGAUUGCCGACCAUGUGAUAACCAAAAGAAUAAUGUCGGUGACAAACACACGAAAGGUAUUAAACACCGUCGGAUUUUUGGUUUCUUCUUUCGCAUUGAUCGCAAUUCCGCAUUUUAGAACACCUGACGGCGUGGUGCUUUGUUCUUCUUUGGCUCUCGGGUUUCUGGCGCUAGGGAGAGCCGGGUUUGCGGUGAAUCACAUGGAUAUCGCUCCGCGUUAUGCUGGCAUUGUAAUGGGGGUCUCUAAUACAGCUGGCACUUUAGCUGGUAUUAUUGGGGUCGGGUUGACCGGUCAGCUUCUAGAAGCUUCUAAAGCUAAAGAUUCGGAUCUUUCUAGCCCGGAGAGUUGGAAAAUGGUGUUCUUCAUCCCGGGAUUGAUUUGCAUUUUAAGUUCGUUUGUCUUUUUAAUAUUUUCAACCGGGGAGAGAAUAUUUGAUUGAGGUAAGUUUGUUUUAAGUCAUCUUAUAGAUUUAUAUGAUAUACCUAUCAAUGCUUUUACAGCAUUGUAAUUUUUCGAUAGAGAUAUGUUCAACUUUACUGUACUGGUCAAGAACACAUGUUCUGCGGAUAGUCGAGAGUAGUUUACAUAUUUUUGGUGUUUAUGAAACUUGAAAUCAAUAAGUAAGGUACCCUAAUUUUGGCUUAUACAUGUGAAACACAUGCGUGAUAUGAUAAUA